AUGUUUGGUUUGCAGUUCCCGGUGGCCAGUGGAAGAUGUACAAAAGGAGCCUUCAUUAGCCUUUUAAAAGUGAAAGAGAACUUCCAGGAGGAACUGGGUUGUCACUUCAUUCUGGUUAUUGACACUGAGGGGUUGAAAGCUCCAGAGUUGGCCUCUUUGGAGGGCAGUUAUGAACAUGACAAUGAACUGGCCACACUAGUGGUUGGUUUGAGUGAUAUCACCAUCAUCAACAUGGCCAUGGAAACCACAACAGAUAUGAGGGAUAUUUUACAGAUUGUGGUCCAUGCUUUUCUUCGAAUGAAAGAAGUAGGGAAAAAACCCAACUGCCAGUUUGUACAUCAGAAUGUCAGUGAUGUGUCUGCUCAUGAUAAGAAUAUGAGAGACAGGAAGAAACUUCUGGAUCUGCUGGACAAAAUGACAGAAUUGGCAGCAAAAAUGGAAAAGAAGACUGGUAUAAUGACUUUUGGUGAUGUCAUGGAUUAUGAUUUUGAAAACCACAACUGGUACAUUCCAGCAUUAUUUCAAGGAGUGCCACCUAUGGCUUCAGUAAACAUU